GCACUACUUUCAAAGUGUAUUUCGCCGCGUACGUAUCUCUCGAAGCCUGGGCAACGGAUCAGUAGGAAACUUCUGCCGGCGUGAAAGAUCCCGUGAUCAGGUGCGAUCGACGGACGGGUUGGUGGCAAGUGCAACCGAGUGCACACGUGCGUAUCUCUUCCCGAGUUGUUUGUUCACAGUGUGUGAGUGUAUGUGCGUGUAGUUUAGUGUGUAGUGCACGCACGGUGACGAGAUUCGUACCAGCGGCGUUGUGCGGAGUGUGUGUGUGCGUGUGUUUGAUUUGCCUGUGGCGAUGUUCUGCUAAUGCGCGCUCACUGUCUCAAUGACGUCGAUCGCUGGUGCGAUGAAAUAGCAUCAAUCAAUGAGCAGUGUGGUUUGGUGUGUGUGUUGAUGUGUCUCAUCUCAUAGCGUAAAGAGCGCAGUGCAGUGUAUACUGUGUGUGUGUGGGUGUGUAUUAGAGUGUGCGUACGAGUGUGGGUGGAUGGGUAUUCAGUGUGAGUUAGUUUAGUGUUUGACGGUGGUGUACAUACAAAAACAUAUAAAAACAACGAUUGUGUACGGUGUGGAAGACAGCAAGCAGAGACAACAAACCUCACCAGAGAAUACGAAGACGAUCGUAGCCGAUGGUUUGUUUCGCUCAACAGAGAUAAGUGUGUGGCACCACCAUCUAACCCCUUGGCAUCGGCAUCAGCGUAGUGGCAUCUGGGGCAAAAUAAAGAUGAUUGGCUGCUAAUGAACUAAACAGGGAAAGGACGCGGCGAACGUUAGCAGCCCCCACAGCCAUCGAUAACUGUUCAGCUCCCGGGACUGUCCGCACUGGACGCACACUGCCCCAAAGCGUUGCACCUUUUUUUUGUUAUUUUAGCGAACUUAAAAGACUACACACUCUGCUGUUUGGCUCAGAGUGUGGCCCUCCAGGACCAACAAGUCGAGCGAGCGAGCGAGACGGAACACAAAACUGAAGUGGAUAUGCACUAGCCCGAACCUGGAAGCGUUUAACAAUGUGUUCAGCAAACGAUCGACUCAGCGACACCGCCACUCAUCCGCCAGCAGCACCACUCAGCUCCACAAUGUACACGCAAGCAAGCAAACGACCUCCAGCAGCACGGCGACCACUCGUGAGCAGUAGGAGGAGAUCCUGCCGUACCCAGCAGCACCUGCCUCACUGCCAUCGAUGCAGUAGGUGGUCGGACCGGCGGAUAUCGCACAGUUUAUUGGGACUGUGCCUACUGCUAACCGUAUGCAUCCUGCCCACGGUGUUCGGUUCCCCGCAGUCCUCACACUCGCAUCAUUCACAUCACUCCCAUGGACAUCACCAUCAAACGGCACCGGCACACGGUGGUGGAACGAGUGGCAGUGUCCCGCCAUCCUCCCAGCAGUACUCCGGUGGCUCCUCGGGCCGUUCGAGCGGUGGCAGCGGUCUCGGCCUGUACAUCAUUCGUGCGCCGGAGUCGACGAUCGCACCCGCCGACGAUGAGGUGCUGUUUGAGUGCGAGCUGAACCUGAUGCCGGAGCAGCUGGACUGGCGGUUUCGGGCGCAGGGUACGGCGGGACAGCGCAAAGACUACGUGCUAAUCCAGAGCAAUCACCAUGGGUACAAUGCGACGGUCGUUGACGGCCGGUACAAGCUGCGCGUGUCGGUAAGCGAAUCCACGAUCGGCGAGUACCAGUGUGUGGCGUGGUUCGGUGCGUCGGCGAUUGCGUCCAUACCGGCCCGCCUGACGCUGGCGACGAUCGGGCUGGAGGCGGAGGCAACCGGUGUGCCGGGCCGGCACGAUCGGGUACCGACGACGAUGCGCCGCAUACAACCGCAGCAGCAUUUUAAGGUAUUCCCCGGCAACAGUAUUAUCAUCGAUUGCGGUGACAUCGUCUCGAACCCGCCACCCAUCUGGAGCUACUACAAGGAUGGCAUGACGAUCUAUCCGAACGUGACGCAGCUCCAGACGGGCCGCCGGCUCAUACUGGCCUCGCUGGCGCAGCGCGACACCGGCACGUACUGGUGCUCGGCCGUCAACUCCAUCACCGGCAGCGAAGUCAUACUGCCCCAGCGUACCACCGUCACGGUCGACUACGUACCGCGCUCGGCACCGCGCGCCUUCACCCAGCCUCAGAACGUGUCGGUGCUGCCGGGCGAUACGGCCCUGCUCGAGUGCCCGGGCGUCGGCAACCCCGUCCCAGUGCCCGCCUGGACGAGAGCGAACGGCAUCCCGCUGAAUGUGCGCGCUCGCAUCCAGGACUACGGCCUGCAGCUGUCCAACGUCCAUCCGGAGGACGCGGGCCAGUACCUGUGCCGGCUGCAGAACGGCAUCGAUCCGCCGCUGCUACACUCCGUGUGGCUGACCGUGCUGGAGCCGCCGCGCAUUGUCGCGCCACCCCGCUCGACGCUCACCAACGAAAGCGACAGCCUGGAGCUGGAGUGCAUUGCGCGCGGUUCGCCCCAUCCCGACAUCUACUGGAUGAUCAACGGCGACUACACCGAGUGGGACGGUCUGAUACGCACGAACGGCACGCGGCUCAUCAUACAGUCGGUGGAAAAGCGCCACGCCGGCAUCGUGCAGUGCUUCGCCCGCAACGCGGUCGGGGAGGCGAGCGAGGGCAAUCUGCUGCAGGUCAUCCCGAAGCAGAUACCGGGCGGCAUCGGCACUACACCGCUCGGGUCCGUCCCGUCCAGCCCGAAGGCGGGCGGUGGUGGCGGCGGUGGCGGCGCCGGCGGGGACCAUUCGCCCAAGCGCAAGGGUGGAAAGAAGCACAAAAACCUGGUAAUGAUACCUCCCUCCCGGCCCAACAUUACCCGGCUGUCGGACGAAUCGGUGAUGGUGCGCUGGUCCGUACCGUCCAGCGACGGGCUGCCGAUCCAGUUCUUCAAGGUGCAGUACCGAAUGCUCGGCGACCCGACGAAAAACAUCGCCCGCACCCAGUGGAUGACGGAGAACGAGGACAUCCCACCGUACACGCGCUCCUACGAGGUGAACAACCUCAAAUCGGACCACCUGUACCGGUUCCGCAUCGUGGCGGUCUACUCGAACAACGACAACAAGGAGGGAGCCGCCUCGGGCAAAUUCCACCUGCAGCGUGGCUCCCAGCUCGGUCUCACCAAGAACCAUCUGCUGGCGCCGACGCUCACCCGCAUCGAGCCCGUGUCGCAGCAUGCCGUCGUGCUGCAGUGGCAGUUCCCCCAGCAUCUGCCGCACCCGAUCGAUGGCUUUUACGCGUACUAUCGGCCGGCCACGACGGCGGGCGAAUACUCGAAGGCCACGGUGGACAGCAGCACGGCCCGCCACUUCAAGAUCGAUCAUCUCGAGCCGGGCACGGCCUACGAGUUUAAGCUGCAAUCGUUCACCGCGUCGGCCGCGUCGGACUUUAGCGCGAUCCUGACCGGUCGGACGCUGAAGCCACCGACGCCGCCACCGACCGUACCGACGGUGAUAGCGGCAGCGGAAGGGCCGGACGGUAGCCAGGUCGUGCCGGUGAACUAUCUGCUCGUGAUCGGCUGCGUGCUGAUCGUGAGCGUGCUGCUCGUGCUGUUUCUGUGCUGCUGCUUCAGCCGGCGCAAGAAGCGUGGCCACGGUGCAGAUGAACCAGAUGCGAAGGUACACAUACCGGUCGAUCAGAACGGGUUUGCCGGUGCGGUCAGCAAUGGGGGACCAAGGGGCCCGCCGCCGCCCCACCACAAGACGCGCACGAACGGCAUGAACGGACGGAUGAACAUUACGCCCAACCCGCUGGCACAGGAUGGCGACAAGGUAACGAAUCGCACUGUGAUGGAGCUGCGCUUCCUGCCGAACACGCUGGUCGAGGGAGAUGCCGGGCUGGCACGGGCGGCUGGCACCGCUACCGCCAACCCGAUCGAGGGCGGCUGGAGACGGAAGAAGCGAAACGCCGCGCUCGAUGCGGUGCCGAAGCAGGGCGACGAACCGGCGGACGGCGGCGGACGGACGGGCGAUGGUAGCGACGAGGGCGACGAAACGACGGACCCGGCUGGAGUGGCUGCUGCCACGCUGUCCCACGAGCCAGCCACUAAUAACAACCACCAAUCGAUUCCCAACCAACAGCAGCAACAUCACCUGCAGCAGCAACACAUCGGAGGACUGCCGCCGCUGCAUCAUCCGAGUGCCGCCACCGUGGCAAUGAACAGUUGUGGCAUUCCGCAAGCGCAGCAGCAGCAGCACCAACAGCAGCAGCAGCAGCAGGAACAGCUAAUGCUUGCCUCGAUGCCCCACCGGCGCACGCUCGAACGCACCGCGGUCAGACCGAUCCCGAACGGUGCCACCAUGGCGUACGGCGUCGAUCCGAAGCUGGUGCUGGACGGUGGUCAGCCGCCCGUCGAUUGCCGCCAGUCCUCGAUACGGCGUACGCGGCGUGGGUCCGGCUCCGUCCCAGGCAGCCCACGAAUAGGUCGUGGACCCAGCAGUGAGUUCCUUCAGCAGCAGCAGCAACAGCAGCAGCAGGGCGUAACCGUUGCCCGCUCGCCGAUGCCGAUGCGUGCGGCCGGGAUGAAGCGACCGGGCGCGACAAGGCUGGGCCGGGCCGAGAACAUGUCCUCGGGCAGCUUGAACAGUAUUGAGGUAUGAGAAUGGCCGACCGGCGCCGUCCCGACCGCCGCCGACGGCGCAACCACCGGCGCGUCCUCCUCAUCCACCAUCGUCUCCCGCAAGCGGCGCAGCAAGCGUGCGUUCAAGCUGCUGUAUCUGGUGCGCCGGCGCCAUGCUAGGAAGCCACGCCAGCUGCCCCAGCAGGACGUGGAGCACCACUGCCAGAAGCAGGCGUUCUACGAGCGGGCGAACGGGUACCGGCUAAUAUCCUGAGUGUCACCGUUCGAGCUGCUGCUCUCCGUGCUGCACGAUCUGGUGGUUAGCGUUUAGAGAGGGUUAGAGCGGGUUUUGCGGGGUUCGUGCCCCCUUUUACUUUUUUUGUUUCUACUACAUCCGUCCAUGAGUUGUCUGUAUACAUCCUGUUUCUGAGUUAGAGUUAGAGAGAGGGGCGAGGGUUUUAGCAAGGUUAAGUUAGUGCCUAAAGCUAGAUCGUAUGAGCAAAGGGUGCCGCUGCUGUACUUAAAUCUCUAUUCUUCGUUUAGUUCGAUGUACCUUUCGCUUUCCGUUUGAAAGGCACCUCUGGCCCUGCCCCGGGUACAGUGGGUCGGUGCAUAAUUGUAAAUAAGGCUCCUCGGUUGGAACGGGGCGUGAACUUAGGCUAUACGGGAGGGAAACUACUGUUAACAGCUGUGUGUGUAGGGAUUAGCAGAGCAGGCGAAGACAAAAGACACACGUAAGCGCGGCGAGCAGUGAAUGUGCUACUUAACGUAUAACUACUAUUGCUAUUAAUACGGCUAUUAAUACUACUACUACUACUACUACUACAGAUACUUAACGUACACACAUUAGAUAAUCACACCAACAACCAACACAAUCAGGAGUCCGAAAUGUAACGCUUAGAAACGAACUGUAACAAGUCUGUUAGCUCUCGGCCUCGGCCUACUUGCUGGAAGGGUAGCAAUGCAAUGCGCCUAAAGCUAUGCAAUGUGUUAGAAUCUGUGCUGUUUGGCACAUAGUUUAAACAGCUGUUCAAAACUAGUUUUUUCAUGAUUUUGGUAGUUCAAAGGUAUGAUUAAAAUGGAAUGUAACGACAACAAAUUGCAUACAUUUAGGCGCUUUGCCACGUGGAAGGCAUGCAAUUGCAACAGAAAGCGACGCAAUCGUUCUGUACACAUUAGCUUCACCAUAGUAAUACACACGCACAUAAACAAACACAGAAACAAACACUAUUUAAAUGUAGCACAGAUGUAUAUGUAUGUGUAACAAAUUUGAAAGGCGAAUCAAAAAAGGCGGGAAGAAUCGAAAAUAGGGAAUAAUAGUGAGAUGUUUACUGAGCUUCUUUUUUUAAACUGACUGAUGGGCACUGAUUAAUCAUUAGCGAAAUAUACAUGUAUGGGGUUAGGCUAGGGGACGAGUGGGGGGAGUGCUAACAAUUUCCUGGCACGUUUGACACAGCGCGCACGGCCAGCAGUCUGCUAUACAAAUGUGUGUAAAUUAUUUAUUAAACCGGUAGUGGAAGGAAACCAGCGCACAGCAGCAAACGAGCGAUAGUAUUUUAGAUGUGUUAGAUGCGCGGAAACCCAUAAAAGGUUCCAAUGUAUUCCAGAUCGAACGUUUCGAACAGACAGAGAGAGAGAGAGAGCUAAGGAGUCGAACCGGUUUGCCAUUUAGCAUGUUUUGGAGAACGUUUGUUCAGCGUUGUUUAUAGUUUUGUUCUUUAGCAAAAGAUGCUCCAAAAAGGCCGAAUGUAGGCGCCUUGUAGGAUUGUAAAUAACGAAGAGGAAUAGCUAAAGGACACUGAAAAAACUAGGGUAGAAAACACCUCCAUCUACUUGUAAACAGUAGCAAUCUGAGCAGUUAUUAGCGAACCAACUGGAUGUACGUGUAUAUUUUGUGUAACAAGUAGAGAGAAAAGGCACAAAAAAACGACAGAAAAGCGUAAAAUCCACCCAAUCAAAUCAUAAUUCCAGCAUCAUCAUCUGCGUGUCCAUUUUUUUGUUUGUUUGUUUGAUUCUACUUGAUCAGCGCUUCGCUAACGUCCGUUUUGUGCACUAGGAUGAGGGAGAUAGAUGAUCGCAUAACGACGAUUGGUGUGUGUGCGUGUGUGCGUGUCUUUUUUUGGGGGGAGGGGGUGUGCUUACUUACGUUUGCUUCUACGUUCCCCGUAGCACAAAAGGCGCUUGAAGCGUAAGCGAAACACAAUGGCGAAGAAACACCUGUAAGAAAUGGCGAAACAAUUAAAGGAAAACCGUGAAAAGAAUGCAAAUUGUGUGUUGAUUAUUUGUAUGCGCUGAGAAGAAUGGAAAGAAAUUGGCAAUGGUAACGGGUAAGAAUUUUAAAACGAGAAAGAAAAUGAGAAAAACGUCAUUGCGCAACAACGUCCCUCAUUCACCGACGCAUGCCAUAGAGGAAAACAGAAAAAAAAACAAAAAAAGCGAAAUCGGUUUUGACCCCGUACGCGAUACGGCAAAAGUAACAGGAGCGCAGGAAUCUGUGCAGGUAGCACCACGCGUCACACGACACACUAAUUUCGGGCGAAUGAAAGAGACAGCACGGUGUACUGCGAUCGAUCAUGUGCGCCUGUUACAAACGUAGCAGAAUGUUAGUGUCGGCAGAACGGCGUGCCGUGUGCGUAUCGCGUUGCGUGCUACCUACCGACAUGCAUGCUCUCCUGGUACAAGCAGUCGGAAAGGUUGUGUCAGCGCAAAUCGGUUUUUUUUUCGUUUUUUUUUUUUGUUUUCUUCUAUGGCGAAUGAGGGGCGUCGUUGCGGAAUGAAGUUUUUUUUUACAUUUUCUAUCUCGAUUUUAGUUUCUUACCCGUUAAUAUUGAUCAGUUUCUUGUGUGUUGUUUUGCAACAUGGCGAAUCUUGUUGUCGCAACCGGGAUGUAUGAUCCUGUUCGAUGAACAUUUUGUUCGAUGUUCGAUAGCUGCCGUGGUGAAUGUUCAGCGUGGUGAAUAUAAGACACUGUGCUUUUGCUGUGCUGGUUUGUGUCUUCGCUAACUGGCAUAGUGAUGUGCAAACAUUGGUAUGAUGGAGAAGAUUAAUAAAAAAAAUAAAAUUAUCAAAAACAAACACGAAUAAACGGAUAUGAAAUUACAAGCAAUUGUAUAUUGUGGAAAAAUAGUUUGAUAAAUAUUUAAAUUCUGACAGCUAUUACUUACUGAAUCAAUCAAUCUCCACAAUCGAAUUACAAAAUUACCAUCCCGUAAAUAAGUAAACACGCAGAUUGGUUUCUUUUUUAAAUAGAAUUUACAUUACAUAUAUUUCUUUUCUUUUUUUCUGUCAUUUUCACAGGUUUUUUUUCUUGUUUUGUGUUGUUUUGUUUGCUUGUUGCUGGUUUUAUACACACAUUUAGUUUAAAAUAUACAUCGUUUCUCGUCCUACUAUCCACCACCAGCCUCUUACACACACACACAUACGCUCCACACAACAUCAUUACCAAAAUCAAUCGGCCCUCGGUUGUAUUUGCAUGUAUGUAUGCGUGUGUGUGGGUGUGGGUGUGGUUUGGUUGAUUUCAAUCACUCUUUUCCUGGGUCAUCGGCCAUCUGAUUCCGUUCCCAGCAGCGCAAUGUAUGCGAUUUCCCCCACCCUCUUCGUUCAACACUACAUUCUGGUUACAAUGGUUCUUCAAACCCUUUUGGCUCUUUUCCUCAAUCAGCUCCUGCCUUGCUUCCUUCCUUGCUGUUUGAAAUGUUUUUAAAUGUCUUAACAGUUGGUAACUUUCACUGAACGGCAUAUGGUUUCGGUUCAAUUUUUGUUUUUCUGUUGGUUUUUUCUUCCUCUCUAAAACAAUCUCUCGCUCUCAUCUAGUAAUUUUGUGCACAGGAAGCGUUCUUUCCCUUCCCUUGCUCUCUGUUCGUGUCUUUUUUGUUUGUGUUUGUGUGUUAAAAAUAGCACUGGCACUGGAAUAUUUAACUGUUUGCUCUUUUACAUUUUUGUUUUCUGCUGCUAUUAAUCGGUGUGUGUGUGUUCAACGUUUCGUUUUUUUUAAUCUACUUAUCAACGCAUUUGUGUAAUUAUGCCUCUUUCUUAUCAUUCUUCUCAACACACACACACACACACACACUUGCGUAAAUGUAUGUUAUUGCCUUCCCAUUUGUAUAUCAACAAGAAAUGGGAAAGCUUACUUCAAGCACCUGCAAGAAUUAAA